UCCCGCGGCCGCCGCCGCUACCGGAGGCGCAGGAGCCUCGCGAUAGUGUUUGCACAGGCGGCGCGUGACGCCGCCGCCGCCUGUAACUGAUGCAGAGGUUACCCCGCCGCCUCAGCCGCCACCCACCGCCCGCCGCCGCCGCCGCCACCCAAGCGACGCCGGGGGCCGACGCACUGCAGAGGUGCCGGCAGGUUCCGCUCGCGGAAGUGUCCUCGGCCGGCGCAGCCCGCGCUCCGCCUGCACUCCAGCGGGCGCCCCCUCGACGCCUCCGCCGCCGCGCUUCUUCCCUCCGCCUCUUCCCCGGCGCGCCCGCCUGCUCCCUCGCUUCUCCCCCUUUUCCUCCUCCCCGUCCCCUCUCCUCCCCUCACCUCUUCCCCCCCUACCUCCCCCCCUUCUCGGUUUCCUCCCCCAUCCCCUUGACUCUCCCCUCCCUGCCCUCGCUCCCUCGCUCGCCCUCAGCGCGGCCCCCGCCAUGACGGAGGCGGGUGCCGGUGCCGUUGCCGCCGCUGCCGUCGCAGGGGGGGGAGUCGGGUUCCCAGAAAGUAGCUUGAUGAGUGUCCAAAGUAGCAGUGGAAGUUUGGAGGGGCCGCCAUCUUGGUCCCAGCUCUCCACGUCUCCAACCCCGGGCUCGGCGGCGGCGGCCAGGUCCCUGCUGAAUCACACGCCGCCAUCCGGGAGGCCCAGGGAAGGUGCAAUGGAUGAGCUUCAUAGUCUGGAUCCAAGAAGGCAAGAAUUAUUGGAAGCUAGGUUUACAGGAGUUGCAAGUGGGAGCACUGGAAGCACUGGCAGUUGCAGUGUUGGAGCAAAAGCCUCAACAAAUAAUGAAAGUUCUAAUCACAGUUUUGGAAGCUUGGGAUCUUUAAGUGACAAAGAAUCUGAGACACCAGAGAAGAAACAAUCGGAAUCAUCCAGAGGAAGAAAGAGAAAAGCAGAAAACCAGAAUGAAAGUAGUCAGGGAAAAAGUAUUGGGGGACGUGGCCACAAAAUUAGUGACUAUUUUGAAUACCAAGGUGGGAAUGGCUCAAGUCCAGUAAGAGGCAUACCUCCUGCGAUCCGUUCUCCUCAAAAUUCACAUUCACAUUCCACUCCUUCUUCAUCUGUUCGACCGAAUAGCCCUUCUCCUACUGCAUUAGCUUUUGGGGACCACCCUAUUAUACAACCAAAGCAGUUAUCCUUUAAAAUUACUCAGACUGAUCUCACAAUGCUGAAAUUAGCAGCAUUAGAAAGUAAUAAAAACCAGGACCUGGAAAAGAAGGAAGGUCGUAUAGAUGACUUGCUCAGGGCUAACUGUGAUCUCAGACGGCAGAUAGAUGAACAACAAAAAUUACUUGAAAAAUACAAAGAACGAUUAAAUAAGUGCAUAUCAAUGAGCAAGAAGCUGCUUAUUGAAAAGAGUACACAAGAAAAACUGUCAAGCAGAGAGAAGAGUAUGCAAGACCGAUUACGCCUUGGGCACUUCACAACAGUUAGACAUGGUGCUUCAUUUACUGAACAAUGGACAGAUGGUUUUGCAUUUCAGAAUCUUGUGAAGCAGCAAGAAUGGGUGAAUCAGCAAAGGGAAGACAUUGAAAGGCAAAGGAAACUUCUAGCCAAACGCAAACCUCCCACAGCUAAUAAUUCUCAGGCACCCUCUACCAAUUCUGAACCAAAACAAAGGAAAAACAAAGCAGUCAAUGGAGCAGAGAAUGAUCCCUUUGUUAGACCCAAUUUACCACAACUGUUGACUUUGGCAGAAUAUCAUGAACAGGAAGAAAUUUUCAAACUUAGACUAGGACAUCUCAAAAAGGAAGAGGCAGAAAUCCAGGCAGAACUUGAACGUUUGGAAAGAGUCAGAAAUCUUCACAUUCGAGAGCUCAAAAGAAUAAAUAAUGAAGAUAAUUCGCAGUUCAAAGAUCACCCAACGUUAAAUGAAAGAUACUUGUUACUUCAUCUGCUUGGUAGAGGUGGCUUUAGUGAAGUGUAUAAGGCUUUUGACCUCUAUGAACAAAGAUACGCUGCUGUGAAGAUCCACCAGCUUAAUAAAAGCUGGAGGGAUGAGAAGAAGGAAAACUACCACAAACAUGCCUGCAGAGAGUAUAGAAUACACAAAGAACUGGAUCACCCUAGGAUAGUUAAACUCUAUGAUUAUUUCUCCUUGGAUACAGAUACGUUUUGUACAGUAUUAGAGUACUGUGAAGGCAAUGACUUGGAUUUCUAUCUGAAGCAACAUAAAUUAAUGUCAGAGAAGGAAGCUAGGUCUAUUGUAAUGCAAAUUGUAAAUGCACUAAGAUAUCUCAAUGAAAUCAAACCCCCUAUUAUACAUUAUGAUCUUAAGCCAGGAAACAUCCUUCUGGUAGAUGGCACAGCAUGUGGAGAAAUCAAAAUCACUGAUUUUGGUCUAUCCAAGAUCAUGGAUGAUGAUAGCUAUGGUGUAGAUGGAAUGGAUCUAACUUCUCAAGGGGCAGGCACUUACUGGUAUUUACCUCCCGAGUGUUUUGUAGUUGGAAAAGAACCACCAAAGAUUUCCAACAAGGUUGAUGUGUGGUCAGUCGGCGUCAUUUUCUUUCAGUGUCUUUAUGGUAGAAAGCCAUUUGGUCACAAUCAAUCACAACAAGACAUUCUUCAAGAAAAUACAAUAUUAAAAGCCACAGAAGUCCAGUUCCCUGUAAAACCAGUUGUAAGCAGUGAAGCAAAGGCCUUUAUAAGACGCUGUCUGGCCUACCGAAAAGAAGAUCGGUUUGAUGUGCACCAACUGGCAAAUGACCCAUACCUUCUCCCGCAUAUGAGAAGAUCAAAUUCUUCAGGAAACUUACACAUGGCUGGGCUUACAGCAUCCCCUACACCCCCUUCUUCAAGCAUAAUUACUUACUGAUUUUCCUCCAAAAUUGGCAUGAUAUCUUUGAAUUGCUUCCAGAUACACACUUGAGUUUGAGAGCAUUUGAUUGUUUUCUGUUGUUUCCUUUUUCACACAGGACAUGGUUGAAAACUAUUUGUGAACUGAAGUUCUUCAUAGCGUCAUUUGUAUGAGAGUGGAUCAUGGACAAUGAAUAAAAUGUACACUUUUGACUAUGACCUUGAACAGUGAAGGAUGACUGACUGCCUGUUGCACAGAAACAGGAAUACCAUGUUAAGAAAAAUUGUUUGGGGGAACACUGUAAAUAACGUUUAUAAUACUUAAAUACAUUUGGUUGUUUAACUAGAGAGUUCUAAUAUGAAGGGUAGUUUUUCAUUAUUUAAAAACACAUGGAAAAAAUAUUUCUAACACAAGAACUAUAGUGCCUGGAUACAUUCUUCAGCAUUCAGCAGUUAAUCUGCUGAAACCAAAGUAAGAACUGAAUGACAUUUGUGUUUUAUAGAAUGUGAGAGUUAGAAUCUUUGGACUUUUGGACAGUUAGAUUUUGUCACUUGCCUAUUCUGGCUUUUACCAAGUUGUACCUCAAAACUGCGUGUCCGUUUGUUUUUUUUUUUUUCCCACUAGUCAUAUUAACAGGAGAGCUGUUAUUUCUAGAUACUUUACACCUUUGACAAAUGAGCUGCUUGUUUUAAAAAUCAGUUGAAUUCACUAAAUAUCUCUGGUGUUUUCAACAUGUUUGAAUUAAGAUAUUUUCCCUUUGUUACCAGGCCUUGUUCAUAAACAAGUGACAGUAUGUAACCAAAUGCAGAUCAGACCAGUUCUAUGCAGGAUAAUGAUAAAUUCCCUUCUAGCUCUAUUGUAAAUUGUUGUACAGAUGUUGUAUUACAGUUACCAGUUUCAGCAGCUUAUUCUUGUACAAAUGUUUAAAAAUAUGGCUUUUCUAAUUGGAUAUUGUAUUUUUUUUAAGUCUUCUUGAAGGCGCUUUAAUUGCUGCUAAAUGAUGUUGCUUCUUUGCUAAAAAAAUCUAAUGACCUCCUUAAAGGUGCAAGUUGACUGUACAUAUGUCAUAGAGAGAUAUUAAAGGCUGGCAUUAAUUAACAAUCAAGGCAUGUAAAAAUGAUCCAUCUUGGACAUAUAGGGUUCACUAAAUCAGAUUCUUGGGUUCUAGGGCUGGGGAGCACAUAGAUAACUAGAUUUAUAAAUUGUUCAUGUUUAUCCUACAUUUCUAGAAGGUUCUUGCCAGAAAGGUGAGACGGUCCCCAUAAAUAAGUUUCUUGUGGUUUGUACAGAUUUGUUAAAAUGUGAACAUUUUCUAACUGCCUUGUAUGGUAGAAACCAUUAUUUUUCAGGAUGUUAUAUUUUACUCCUGUAAGAAUUAUUUGUCACAUUCAUAAUGCUGAUACUUACAUGUAAGUUGUCCAUGUUGCCGAAAAAGGAGGUGAUAACCACAGAUUCUCCUUAAUAUUGUACAGUUAAACUGUGGCUCUUAUUUCUCAUGUUGCAAGCCAUUUUGUUUCAUUGUACAUAUAGACACAUUGUCUCUUUAAGAUGCUGCUGAAAUUGUAGAGAAUGUAGCCAAAACAGUAAUAAACAAUGACAAUUAAA